AUGGAAUCAAUCAUACAAUUUAAAGUUUUAGCAAAAAAGAAUUUACUAUUAAAAAGUAAAUCAAAAUGUGGAAUAUGUUGUGAAAUAGUAUUUCCAUUAGUUAUUAUUGGUUUAUUAUUUGCCAUUUUAGGUAUAAUUCAAUCAUUAAAAAGUGAUUUUGAUAAUAUUCAAAUACAACCUUUAUCAGAACAACUUGGAACAAGACGACUUAUUAUUUAUGGACCAUCACCACUUGGCACUGAACAAGAAGGUGUUUUACAAUUAGUUAUUAGUAAUUUGGCAGCCGAGAAUGGCCAAUCAACCAUCAAUCAAACAUCGGCACAAUUCAUUGCAUUCCCAGACAUCGACUCGAUGAAUGUAUUUUUUGCCAAUAAUUCCGAUGCUGUCUUGUCUGGUGUAUGGUUUAAUUCGACCGGUCCAUCCACUCCAACCUCUCCCUUUUCAUACUCGUUGAGAAUGGAUUCCGAUAAUUUACCAGCCACCGAUUCAUCAUAUGACAGAAAUUCAGAUGCCAAACAAUACACUACCAGUGGAUUCCUUUCAGUGCAAGCAGCCUUUGAUCAAGCCAUUUUACAGUAUUUCGGUGUCUUUGAAAACAUAUCGUCGACAGUUAGCACACAACGUUUCACCGAUCCAUACAACAGCGGUUGGCAAUCGUGGAAUACUGGACGUGACGCAAUCUACAAGAAUGCCGGUUCAGUAUUCAUCACAGCCUCAUUAUUUUUAUUUGCUUUUCGUCUAGUCACUGAAUUAGUCUCAGAAAAGGAAAUUAAAAUUAGAGAGGGUAUGGCUAUGAUGGGUAUGAAGGAAUUACCCUAUUGUCUCAGUUGGCUCGUUACAUCACUCAUCAUUGCUCUUCCAGUGACCGUUGCCAUCGCAGCUAUUCUACGUGGUUCCCAAAUCAUCUAUCAUACUGGUUGGGGUUCCGUUAUGCUCUUAUUCAUGCUUUAUAUCCUAUCUUUAAUGAUGGUUGGUUUUGUUGCUAGUUCUAGAUUUGCAGGAUUAAUUACAUAUUGUAUUGUACUUAUAUUUAGUAUUAUUGGUAUAUUUGUUGCAAAGGCUGAUUUCUCAAAAUAUGCAAAGUUGUUAUUAUGUCUUUUCCCACCCAUUGCAAUGGCAAGUGCUAGUUACUCAAUGGCUGUAAAGGAUUUAGUCGAUGUCAUGCAACUUCCACCUGGAAUUUAUUUAACUGAUGUUGAUGAAAUUAUUGGAAUGUUAAUAUUAGAUAUUGUAUUAUAUACUUUAUUAUAUUGGUAUUUAAGAAAUGUGAUUAGUGGUGAAUUUGGUACAUCCAAGCCACUUUUAUUCUUUUUAAAGAAAUCUUAUUGGGUUUCAUCGACUGACAAGAACUCUGGUUUUGAUAUUGAAAGUUAUCAUAACGAUAAUCAAGAUAUUGAAUCUAUCCCUGUUGGUCUACGUACCAAUGCAACUGUAUCAAUUCGUAAUCUUAGAAAAGAAUUCCAAACUGGUAAUGGUAUUAGAACAGCUGUUGAUGGUUUACAUCUUGAAAUGUAUCCAAAUCAAAUUCAUGCAUUUUUAGGUCACAAUGGAGCCGGAAAGUCAACUACUAUUGGUAUGUUGACUGGUUUGAUUCCAGCAACUGGAGGUGAUGCUAUGGUUAAUGGAUAUAGUAUUCAAAAUCAAAUGGAUUCUGUUAGACGAACAUUGGGUGUCUGUCCACAACAUGAUAUCAUUUGGAAGCAAUUAACAGUCUAUGAACAUCUCUGUAUCUAUGCUGGUUUAAAGGGUGUUCCAUCAAGAGAUAUUGCCAAAGAAGCUAUUAGAAUGACCAAAGAUGUUGGUUUGGAAGAAAAGAUGAAUGCUCCAUCCGAUACCUUGUCAGGUGGUCAAAAGAGAAAGUUGUGUCUUGGUAUUGCUUUUAUUGGUCGUUCAAGUGUUAUUUUCCUUGAUGAAGUAACAUCUGGAAUGGAUCCAUUAUCAAGACGUGGAGUAUGGGAUUUCUUGUUACGUAACAAACAAUCAAGAACUAUUGUAUUGACAACACAUUUUAUGGAUGAAGCUGAUUUCCUUGGUGACCGUAUUGCUAUUAUUACACAUGGUAAACUUAGAUGUGACGGUUCAUCGCUAUUCUUAAAGAAGAGAUUUGGUGUUGGUUAUUUAUUGACUAUUUCCAAACAUGCCAAUUGUCAGAGUUCGGCGGUCAUUGAUUUCAUCAAAAAGUAUAUUCCUGAAGCUGUCGUCUUGUCCGAUGUCGGUACUGAACUCAGUCUUCGUCUCCCAACUUCAUCGGCUGCCCAGUUUGUCCCAUUGUUCCGUGACAUGGAUCACCAAAAAGACAGUACCCUGGCAAUCGAUCAUUACGGUAUCUCCAUCACAACAAUGGAAGAAGUGUUCCUUAGAAUCGGUCAAGAGUCUGGUGAUGGAGGUCGACAAUUUGAUAUUACCACCAACCAAAAUAGAAAUGAAGAAGCUGUUCGUCGUGCACUCUCUGCCAACGCUGGUAUACUAUCAUCGGUCCAACAACUACGCGGUCUUUUAAUCAAACGUAUCUUGACCACUAAAAAGGAUUUAAAGGCCUUUUUCUUGUCGAUUGUUAUUCCAUUGGCUGUGAUUGGUGGUUCGAUUGGUAUCUUGCGUGGUAUGCCCAACCAAUCCUUUUUCAACGAUGUGACUGUCCCCAUGACAUACUCAAUGUCCUCGUUUGGUCCCCUCAACACGGUCCCUGUGCAGACUGUCAACAACGACAUCUCAGCACUUGCUUGGUCUCCAUACUUUAGCAACUUGACACUCCUCCCAAGCGGUACAGUCAAUAUUGGCGACUACUUGGAAUCCAACUUUGAAAACUCGGCCGGUGCACUCAACUUUUCCGAGCCCAUCCUUAUUCCAACGCUCGCCGCCGAUACAGCUCCACUCGCCUACACUAUCUACUAUAACCGUGGGUAUCUCCACUCUUCGCCAACUCACAUGAACCUUGUCAACGAUGCCAUCCUCAGAAACCACACCAACGGAGUCGGCAUUCAAUUUGGUAACAUGCCAUUCACCCAUGUCAUGAAUACUUUUGAAGCUGCCUUUAGCAACUCAAAUAUCAACGCUAUCAUCUACUUUGCUCUCAUCUUUGCUGCCGGCUACUCGAUGAUGAGUGCUUCGUUUGGCGCCAACAUGUGUGUUGAACGUGUCACCAACAUCAAACGUCUCCUUUACAUCUCUGGUUGUAAAAAGGCUAUCUACUGGCUCUCCAAUAUGCUCUGGGACUAUUCCAUCAGUUUGGUCGUCAUCCUUGUUGUCAGCGGUGCUUUGGCUGGCAUAGAGUCAGCUUUCAAGACUGGCUUUGGCAUUAUCUUCCUCGGCCAGUGUCUCUACAUCCUCUCGUCUGUCCCACUUGCCUACUUGCUCUCUCACCGUUUCCAAACCAAUGGACGUGCCAUCGGUGGUAUCUUUGGUAUCUUUAUCGGUGUCGCAUUCAUCAUGAUGGUUGCCGGCAUGAACGUCCGUAUCCAAGCCAUCGUCAAUCAGUCCGAGGGUAUCCAGUUGGGUGCCGAUAUUAUGGACUAUAUCUUUUACGCAUUCUCGCCCGUCUACUGUCUCGCCAGAGUCAUGAUGAUCACACUCCAGUUCCCAGGCACCCAACGUAUUGGCACCUUUGGCCCCAUUGACAAUCUUUGGACCAUGGACUAUGUCGGCACACCCAUGAUCUACAUGCUUGCCCACGCUGUCCUCUGGACCACUUGGAUCCUGGUGCUCGACUACAUGCCCGAGAUCAAGGGUAAGUUCCGUAACCCAAAGAACGCCAGCUCACCAGCCCCACCCGAGGACGAAGACUCUGACGUCACUGCCGAGCGUACCCGUGUCAACCAAACCAACAAUCUCAGCCGUUCCCGUGGAAAUGUCCCCACUAACGUCCAAGACCGCGACUCAACCGGCUCCAACAGCUCAAGCGCCCGUCUCUUUGACCCAUCCAAGCCAUCGUACGGAGGUGCUGGUCAAGACGAUGUAGUUGUCAUUAAAAACAUCCACAAGCUCUUCCCAGGCCACAAAAAGAAUCCCGCCAAGACAGCCGUCCACAACACCUGUCUCGCCAUUCCACGUGGUCAAACCUUUGGUCUCCUAGGUCUCAAUGGCGCCGGUAAAACAACUACCUUGUCUAUGCUAUCCGGUGACACUCAUCCAACCUCUGGUGCUGCCUCGAUAAAUGGCUACGACCUCAUCACUGAGCGUUCCAACGCCCUCUCUUCCAUUGGCAGUUGUCCACAAUUUGAUGCCCUUGUCCCACUCCUCAGCGGUCGCGAGCAACUCACCCUCUACUGUCGUAUCAAGGGUAUCCCUGAACACCAAAUCCCAGGCACUGUCGAUGCAUUUGUUUCCAUGAUGGAUCUUGGCGGUAUCUCUGACAGCAAUGUUGGUGGAUACAGUGGUGGUAACAAGAGAAAGGUUUCGCUCUCUAUUGCUAUGCUUGGUAAUCCUUCAGUUGUUUUCCUUGAUGAAGCAAGUACAGGAUGUGAUCCACAAGUAAGACGUUUCAUGUGGAAUAUUAUUACAGAACUUGGAAAGAACAAGGUUAUCAUUAUUACAACUCAUUCAAUGGAAGAAUGUGAAGCACUUUGUCAACGUAUUUCUAUUAUGAAGGAUGGUAAAUUGAUGUGUUUGGGUUCGAACCAACAUAUCAAGAGCAAGUUUGGUUCUGGUUACUCGAUUGAUAUCAAACUUAAAAAGGAAUAUGUCGACACUGGUGUUGAUACCAUUCUCCGUGCAUUCCCAGGAUCAUCACUCCUCGAUCGUCACGACCUUAUUGCCAACUUUGAAUUGCCAUCACCCAACCAACAAGUAUGGCAAUUAUUCGAUGUCAUCCAACAACAACUCUCACACAUUGUCGAUGAUUACUCGGUCUCUCAAACUUCACUCGAACAAGUAUUCUUGAAACUUACUGCUUCCACUUAUGAACAAAGAUUAAAUCAAUUGUCAGAGAGUGGUGUUGCUGAUCCAUCAAAUAUAAUGACUCCAAUUCAUUCUUAA